AUGUUGGAAACGCUCUUCUUGAUUGAACAGUCCAUGUCUUACCAACACAUGUUGGCUGCCCAAACAUACUUCUGUUUAGUGCUGUGCUUUAGUAUUGCAGGAUUAGAUUUUCUGGUGUGCACUUUGUGUGUAUAUUUGCAAAUUCAAUAUAAAAUACUUAAUUAUAAUGUACAAAAUUUAAAUAUUGGCGAAAUUCGAACGACUCAUGAAGAAAAAUUAUGUCAUACAAAAUUAAUUAAGUAUAUAAAACAUCACGACUUCCUAUUAAGAUAUAUGGAUCUAUUUAAUCGAACAUUCUCACAUGCGUUUUUCUUUCACGUCAUGUACGUCUUGUUUUCACUGUGCAGUGAACUGUACAUGGUAUCUGUGGCAACUAAGGCUUCCGAAAUAUUCAGGUGCAUGAAUUAUUCUUUCGGAAUUGUCGUUCAAAUGUUUAUACUGCAUUGCAUCCCAGCACAAAGUUUGUCAAAUGAGGCAGAACAAUUGCCCUUUGCAAUCUACAGUUCAAAUUGGUAUGCUCGACAUAGUGUAAAUAUGAGAAACAGUAUCAGAAUGAUGUUGAGGCGCAGUCAAGCACCUGUAGCAGUGUAUGGAGGAAAGUUUUAUAAAAUUAAUUAUGAAACAUGCAUGUAUGCAUUUAAGACAAGUCUGUCAUUUUACAUGAGUAUCACUACCAUCGGCCAAAAGGACAAAAACACUCUGUAGAUAUGAGCAUUAUACCCUAACUACAAUAGUGCAAAUAUGUAUAGUAAAUUUAAUAAACUAUUAAAUUAAAAACAAUUCAGAAUUUUAUUUACUUAAAAUGGUUGAUUGAUGCUUAAUAAAAAAAUUAAUAUUCAAGUUGGGUACU